AUGGUUGGAAUCAUGUCGAUUAAAGCAUCAACUAGUACUGAAGAAUUAUGUCACACCUGGCAAAACCCAUCCCAACAAAAGGACAAUUCCGAAGAUAUGCUGGAAAGAUGGCUGAACUACUGGUUGAAUGACUGUGCAGAAACAGACAGAAGCUGGACACUGCAGAAGUCAGUAUCUUUUGCGCAGGAAGAAAUAGCCGCUAUGAAAUUCCACAUCAGACUCCUGGCACGCGAAGCCAAUUAUCGGGGCUCGGUUGAAGUGAUUUUACAUGCGCUCUCUUCUGAACCCGAUUAUAAUCCUCUGGGUUACGAGAGCGCAGACAAUGCACGGCUUGAGGUUAAAUGGAGUUUUGAGUGCCCUUUCAAGCCCACUGACCACAAUUCGAACACCAUACUUCAGUAUGCAAUGAAACAGCGGAAGAAGGGCUGGGUAGAUUUGAACGGAUCAAAGCCCUUCUAUGGGCAGUUCAUGCGUCGAAGAGCGCCCGCUUUUGAUAGUCUACAGCGUGCGGAUGACAGCACAAUCAGCAAUAGACUACUCUGGCUGUGGGGCUGUGAUUAG